CUCCAGCCCCCCUAAUCAUUUUGGUCACCCUCCGCUGGACCCUCUCCAAUGCGUCCACAUCCGUUCUCAUAUAGAGGGGGGCCCUCUACUCCCGAUGUGGCCUCAGCAGAGCCAAAUAAAGGGGAAUAAUCACUUCUCUAGAUCUGCUAGCAGUGCUCCUCCAGCCAGUAUCUCAUGCAGCUGUGCUUUUUCAGUUAAAAACAAGAUCUGUGGCACCCUGAAACUGGAACAUAAAAUGGAAUUUAACUGAAAAUACAUAAAACAGAGGAGACUGGUCUGAAUGGCAUAUUCAUUUCCAUAUUUCAUUCAUUGAAUAAUUAUCAUUAUUUAAAUGAUACUGUGACAGAAUUUGUCUGCCACAUAAGAGUACUGCAGAACCAAAGGCUUUGCUCUGGGUACAGGCCCAGUUGCUGCAGCAUAUACAGGGGCUUCUCUCUAACAAACUGAAUGAAAUCUUCAUCCAAGCAGCUUUUCUUCCGACGAGGAAUUUGCAUUUUAAGCAACGCAUGUGCAACCAAAUGUUGGAUCUGAUCAUUUGGUCCAAAUUGUCCCAUGUCCACAAAAUCCAUGUGGAUUCUCUGCCUCUGCAGCUGCAUUACUGGCUUUUCCAGGACCUCAAACUGAUCCAGUUUCCUCUGCUUUUUAUGUGUUGCCUGCUGCUCAGAUAUGAUGUUUUGCUGAGCUAUCUGCUCCACCCUGGUCCCCCGCAAAGACUAGAAUGGUGUUGUCCAUUUGGUCCUCAUCAUGAAAUAAGGGUGGUGUUGCCUGAAUGGAUUCUCCUGGACACUCCUGAUUUCCUGGAAGGUUUGAAAUUAUGGAUGGUCAGAGAUCCCUGUUAAUUAGCCACUGUAUUGGGAUAUGACCUUUUGUAGCUCUGACCCCUCCGCUGACUGAAGUCAUAAUUGAAUUCCAGUCUGUUCCCAGCAUUCCUAUUUGCCAGGCACAACCGUAAUCUUCAGGGUGUGAACAAGGAAAGGAAUGGAGCAAGCCACACCGCUUGAAACACUGGCAGAAAAUAAGAGCCUUCAAGGCCGCGGUCCUGAUCCAAAGGUGGUAUCGACGCUACGUUGCCCGGCUAGAGAUGCGCCGAAGAUGCACGUGGAGAAUUUUCCAAUCCAUCGAGUACUCCUGUGAGCAGGAUCAGAUCAAGCUCCACAACUUCUUCAGCUACCUCAUGGACCACUUCACGCCAAGCAGCAGCAACGAGAGGGACUUCAUUAGCCGCAUAUUAACUGAGGAAGAAAGCUACAAAGACACAGAGCUGGAAAAGCUCUGUGAUUAUGAAUCUGUGGAAGUGCCAGAUUCCUAUAUGGGACCUCAUCUCUCCUUCCCGCUGCGGCCUGAUCAUGCAACUGCCUUAGUAGAAGCUUUCAAGCAGAAACAACAGCUCCACGCUCGUUAUGUCUUAAAACUCCUGCACGAGACCAGGCGACAUCUCAUGCAGCUGCCAAACAUCAACCAUGUCUCCACCUGCUACAGCGAGGAGGUCACCGUCUGCGGAGACUUGCAUGGCCGGCUGGAUGACUUAUUUCUGAUAUUUUACAAGAAUGGCCUUCCGUCUCCGGAGAAGUCCUAUGUGUUCAACGGGGACUUUGUGGACCGAGGCAAACAGUCCAUUGAGAUCUUGAUCAUUCUGUUUGCCUUCCUCUUGGUGUACCCAAAGGAAGUUCACCUGAACCGAGGAAACCACGAGGACCACAUGGUCAACUUACGCUAUGGUUUCACCAAGGAGGUCAUGCAAAAAUACAAGGUGCAUGGGAAGAAAAUUCUGAAGAUGCUCCAGAAUGUCUUCUGCUGGCUGCCGCUGGGCACCUUAAUCGAUCAGAAAGUCCUGAUUUUACACGGUGGCGUGUCUGACAUGACUGACCUGGAGCUGCUGGGCCAAAUCGAAAGGCACAAGUUCGUUUCUGUACUAAGGGGCAAAAAGAGAGAAGAGAAGUGUAGACACGUGGACUCCGCAGCGAUGAACAGCGAGAGCCCUGAGGGUGUCGACUCUCCGAAGUGCAGUUCGUUCCCUGGCUCGUGCCUCCAUCCCAGCGCUAGCAGAACAGAGCUUUCCCAGUGGGUCCGGCAGACAGUCCAAGAGGAGCUGGAGAAGUGCCGCAGACAGGUGGGGUUUGGUGAGACCCCGGUGGACAAGGAGCUCACCUGCGUCAGCUCUGUCACCAUGUCCGAGUCGGAGCUGGAGUCCUGUGGAACCAGCCACUCUCGCCAAGAAGAGUGGAAGCAGAUUGUCGAUAUAUUGUGGAGUGACCCGGUGCCUCAGGAGGGCUGUACAAUGAAUACAGUCCGCGGAGGUGGCUGCUACUUUGGGCCUGAUGUGACGGAGAAGAUUCUACAGAAGCACGGCCUGCAGUUGCUGAUUCGCUCUCAUGAGUGCAAGCAGGAAGGCUAUGAGUUCUGCCACAAUCGAAAGGUACUGACAAUCUUUUCCGCUUCAAACUAUUAUGAGGUUGGCAGUAACAGAGGAGCCUAUGUGAAACUGGGACCGGACCUGAUCCCUCAUUUUGUGCAGUAUCAAGCUAACAAGACAGCCCACACAUUAACUAUGAGACAAAGGAUCAGCCGUGUGGAGGAGUCGGCCUUUCGCGCGCUCAGAGAGAAGCUCUUUGCCCACACAUCAGACCUCAUCUGUGCAUUUAAGGGCUACGACCAGGAUGACACUGGAACCAUCACACUGAGCGACUGGGCCACGGCGGUGGAGUCGGUUUUGCGCUUGGGACUGCCCUGGCGGAUGCUGAGGCCUCAGCUGGUGCGCAGUGCCGCAGGGGGCAUGCUGGAAUACAAAUCCUGGCUCGAGCACUUAGCUGUGGAACAACGGAGCAAGGAGCAUAUACAGUCAAGCUUACUAGAAACUAUUUAUCGAAACCGCUCCAACCUGGAGACCAUAUUCAGGAUCAUAGAUAGUGAUCAUUCAGGCCUCAUUUCAUUUGAAGAAUUCCGCCAGACGUGGAAGCUGUUCAGCUCCCAUAUGAACAUUGAGCUCACAGAUGAAGGCAUCAGUGACCUGGUCUGCAGCAUCGAUUUCAACAAGGAUGGAAACAUAGAUUUCAAUGAGUUCCUGGAGGCCUUCCGCCUCAUUGAGCGAUCGCAUGGCGAUGAUAAAGCAGCAGAACUCCCACCAACCCCACACAGCAGAGAUAGCAGCUAGUAAGAGCGUCUGAACUGCCACUUGCAAUGCCUUGGACUGUCAACCCAAGCCACACCCCUUCCCAACUGCAGAACACACCUCUAGCUAUGAAGACUUGUAGGGAAGAGGAACUGAGUAACUAUGUUUUAGACAUCUCUAUGGCAGCUGUUACUGCCCCAGGAAGCAGCAGUGUUCAACUUGGGAACUAUCACUGGCCCAGUAGGUAAGUUGAACUUUAAAAGGAAAUGGAAGGAAAUUUGUCAAAUUAUUUAUUCUAAACUCUUGGAUCUUCCUGACACUCAGCAAGGUUACACUGUAGUGGAAUUCUUUGGGAACAUUUGCAGUAACUGAAGUUGUUAGUGUCUAAAAGCAAGAGCCUACAGAGUUUUUAGAUUUGUAUGUGAAUAAAUAGACUUAAAGGUCCAAAGUAAGCAUUAAUGAGCUAUUAUGACGACUUAAAUAAAAUCAGGCCAUGGAACUUUGCACUAACUUUUGCAGGAAGCCCUCUUUCUCCCCCCCCCCCCCUUUUUUAAAUCCAGUCUUGCUUUAAAUACUUCAAUUCCUGGAGAACCUGCCACAUCUCUAGGAUCAGACACUCCUACUUUCAGUGGGUUCAUCACCCUGCUAAACUAUGUUUCUUAUUUCUAGUCUGAAUGGGUUUAGCUUCCAACUUCUGGCUCAUGACCCCAUCACCACUGAUGCAGCGUCAAUUUUUUUACAUAACCAGAUGACUGUUGCAACAAAAUAAGGGAUCUCUUACCCAAUCUUCUUCCCCAAAUAUAGUAUCUCAGUUGAAUAUACCAUUUGUUCAUUGCAAAUUCGUGGUAAAAUUUUGCAUUCACUAAGGAAUUUUCACAGCACAUGAAGUAAAUGUUAUGGUAUCUAGUGUAGUGCUAAUAUAAUUCAGGAGAAGAAAUCAAGCAAAAGCUGCCACCAAAGUGUCACCUUAGGGUGCCUGACAUUUUUUCUAGAACAGUAUUUGAUAAGUUAUAUAUAGUAUUGAUCAUUCUUGGCAAUUUAAGUGUUGAGAAAUAAAAAAGGCAACAAGAUAAAGGACGGUGUUUAAAGUAGACAUUUUAUUCUAUUUUCUAAAUAAGCAAAAUGAUAUAAAAAUAUAGCCUUGCCCUCCAAAAAGUCACAUUACACCAAUGACACUAAAUCCACAACUUCCCCUAGCAGAUAAUCUGAAAAACACAUUUAUAGUGUGAAGUACAAGUUUGCAACAGCCUAGUUAUUUGUGUGCAUAAUUUUGUCAUAUAGAUUCCUUCAUGUUUUUACUCACUGCAAAAAAAAAAAAAAUAAACUUGAAAGAUUCCCUUAGCAUUGCAUGGAAGAACAAUGCUGUUGUAAAAAUGUACAAUAGUACAUAACUUGUAUAGUAGAACAGUAUCUGAACAGAUUCAGUCUUUUUUUUAAAGCAUGUACAGCUUCGUAAGUUUAAACCUUCCAAAGGUCAUCAAGUUUGAAAAUCAUGGAAGAGGCUUU